AUGUCUAAUUUUAGUUCUACAUCUAACAUCACUCAGACUGUACUGCCGGUGCAUCAAGAUUUUAAAACAUUUUUGUCUGUGUCCUCAUGUGUUAUUUUCCUCUAUGUCAACGGUGUCAUGAUCUUCACUUUGAGGAAAAAGACUGUUUUUCAGGAGGCAUCCCGCUAUAUUUUGUUUGGACACAUGCUUUGGGUUGAUACGCUUAAUCUUUUUAUGAGUGUAGUGUUGUUUGUGUGUGCUCUUUGUAGGCUUUUUGUUAUGAAAAUGGUCUGCCUUGUGCUUCUCGUUGCUGCAACAGCCCUCUAUCAGGUUUCUACCUUGAAUCUGGCUUUAAUGUCACUGGAGAGGUAUGUGGCCAUCUGCUUUCCUCUCAGACAUGCAGAAAUCACCACUUACGGAAGAACUCAUAUAGCUAUCGGUGUCAUUUGGAUGAUAAGCUGGAUUCAAUCCCUGUCUGAGAUUAUUGUCUUCUAUUCCAUUGAUACCACAAACAUAGCAAUGCAUUUGUUCUGCUCAAGAACUACUCUUUUCAGACUGCAGGUCUAUAAGAAACUUGAUAUAGCUUUCACAUGUAUGUUUUUCAUGUCUGUGUGUUUUGUUAUUAUCUUUACUUAUGCCUCUAUAGCAGCUGUCGCUAAAACAGCCGCCUGUGAUAAAAUGUCAGCCAAAAAAGCCAACAAGACUGUUCUGUUGCAUCUGAUACAGCUGGGUCUCUGUGCUGCAUCUAUUUUAGUUGGAGUUAUCCAAGAAGUCAUUUUCGUUUAUACUGACUAUAUGACUUCAUUGAAUGUGAUGUAUUUUUGCUUUGUAGUGUUUAUGAUUUUUCCAAGAUGUUUAAGUCCUCUUAUAUAUGGUCUGAGAGAUCAGGCCUUCAGCUGUUUAUUUAAAUACUACUUCACAUUUAGUUUCAAAAGGAAAAACAGUUGUAAUACAGAAAUACAUUUAGUAUCAGGUGGUUGA